AUGAAGAUCUCUCCGCUAGUCGUUCUAUCGGCCUCUUUGGCCAUUGCUGCCGCAGAUGAGACUAUCACCAUCUCAGGGUUCAGUUACCGAGGACAGGAUCCAGCAGGCGACAAGAUAUCUUUCAUUCUAUCGGCCGAUGACAUCUCUUGCACCGCCUCGGCUUAUGAUGUACCAGGCUACGGAUAUGCCUGCAGCGAACCCGACUUCACUUUCGACAUCCUGGAUAAGAACGGCACUGAACUUUCGGCCGACUUUAGCAUUAGAAUGAACGGUCCACUUCCUACUAUUCUUGAUCAAGUUGGCACAUCAACAGCUACGCUCACGCCUUCAAACUAA